AUGGCCGGCCAGUCGAAACCCGCUCUCUCCCCUUGGGGCAGCGCCGUUGCAGGUGCAACUGGUGCAGUCCUCGCCAAUGCUCUUGUCUAUCCUCUUGAUCUGGUCAAGACGAAACUUCAAGUCCAAGUAAAGAACGCGAAUUCGAAAGAGGAUGCCGUCCACUACAAAUCAACUCUGGACGCAAUCAAUAAGAUUAUGGAAAAGGAAGGGAUUGAGGGACUAUACUCCGGAAUUGCCGGAUCCCUAAUUGGUGUCGCAUCCACCAACUUUGCCUAUUUCUAUUGGUACAGCGUUGUGCGGAGCAUCUAUAUGGCAUCGAGCCGGGCAACUAAGACUCCUGGAACUGCUGUUGAGCUUUCUCUUGGUGCCGUUGCAGGAGCUAUUGCUCAGAUUUUUACCAUUCCCGUCGCUGUCAUCACGACAAGACAGCAAACACAGCCCAAGGAGGACAAGAAGGGACUAAUUGAAACGGGUCGAGAGGUUGUGAACAGCGAAGAUGGCUGGUCUGGCCUGUGGAGAGGUCUUAAAGCCAGUCUUAUCCUUGUCGUCAACCCAGCCAUCACCUAUGGUGCCUACCAACGCUUAAAAGACGUCAUUUUCCCUGGAAAGAAUAGUCUGAAGCCCUGGGAAGCCUUUUUGCUCGGUGCUCUUUCCAAAGCUUUGGCCACAAUUGCGACACAACCAUUGAUUGUUGCCAAGGUUGGCCUUCAGUCACGGCCACCACCAGGUCGUGAAGGAAAGCCGUUUAAGACCUUUGGCGAGGUAAUGCGCUACAUCAUUCAGAACGAAGGCCCUCUGUCCCUAUUUAAGGGUAUUGGGCCCCAAAUCAUGAAGGGGCUCUUGGUUCAAGGUCUAUUGAUGAUGACCAAAGAAAGAAUGGAGCUCUUUUUCAUUCUUCUUUUCGCUUAUCUGCGAAAAAUCAAACAGCAAAAGCUACAGAAGGCCGUUGACAGCGCUGCAUCCAAGGCUAAAACCAGCCUUCCAGCCACGUUGAAAUAG